GCUUGCUCUGCCUUUAUUUGAGGAGGGAAGGGGAGUGGGGGCUGUUUAAACUUCAAGGUGAAUGUACUUUGAAUCAAUCUGAAAGUAUCACAGUGCUGUAAAGACAAGCAAGUGUGUGUGUUUUCAUUACUUUUCGAUGAAGAUAGAAGAUUCUGAAUAUUUAAAGACCAGCACCACGCAUUGACUUUAAGUUGCAGCUGCGUCGCUGUUCGGUUUUGCAUGGAAGCAGUGCACCUGAAAUUGACAUGCCCACUGAACUUUCUCGCUGUGUAAAAAUGGAAGACAUCAGCUCUACCUUGCCUACGAGGCUCUUGAAUAAGGGUCCAGAUUACCUACGAAAACAGAUGGAACUGGAAGGGGAGACCAGAAGAAAGCUAAGUGCAGUGGAAAGGUUGGCCGCCGACAAAGCUAAGUAUGUAAAAAGUCAACAAGUGAUCAAUUCUAAGCAGGAGCGAACGAUAACGUUGAGUUCGGCUUCAGAAAGCGACAGCAAUGGAUCCAGUUCGAUACAAAGUGCGGGACGCUGCAUUAAUAACAAUAAUACUGAACACGUGCAUAGCGGUCACAAUGCAUCCGAGACACCACCUGCAAGUUCACCUAUUGUCAGGCGCAGUAGCUCAAAAAAGCAAAGACCAGACUCACUGGUGAUGUACCGACAAAAAUGUGACAGAAAUGUAAAGGGGUCCAGUAAUUACAAUUCAAAAGGGAGUCUUGUGCGGAGACUGUUUCAAAUCUCACUCAAAGACAAAUAUGUGAAUUCACCUCAGCUACAGUCUGUGCAGAAACACACUGAAAAUAAAUUCACUGGACCAGAGGAUAAGUCACAGCUGGAAUGUGAAACAAAUACACGAAUCGACACUACCUGUGUCGACAACCAUAAACCAGUGUCGGCUAUUGCCAGGGUGAAGGACACAAGCAGAAAGGGACUUUUUCGAUCACAUUCUGAUAUAAGCUCUAGAUAUUCAAAAUCUUUUGCCGACUUUGAAUGUUUCUUUAAGUACUGCGGGCUGGACACUGAUGUGAUUGAAACAUUAGGAAAAGAAAACUUUUCAGCUGUUUCAGACAGCGUUUCUUUAAAAACCAGCAGCGUGAGUGUGGCAGCAUCAGAAGAAGGGUUUUCAAGACACAGUGGAGACAGUGACGGACUUUUAGAAGAAGAGCUUAACGAGAAAAGGGAUCCCACAACAGGAUCCUCGGUGAUAGAGCGCAAUGCCAGAAUCAUUAAAUGGCUGUACAGUUGUAAGAACGCCAAAGAAUCCGGCAAAGUAUUACGAGAACUUGAAUAAAAUGUUACACUGUUGUUACAUUGUUCGUACUUAAUAGUGUUUUGUGCUUUUAGAUUUAUAUGCUGCGCAUAAUAUUUAUUUAUAGUUUUCUGCGAAUGUAAUUUACUAAUCUAUUUUUGUGUGUAAUAUAUAUA